AAAGAAAAAAAAAAAAAAAAAAAAAAACAAAAACCAACGGUGUUGAUAAAGUCUAUCCUCUCAUCUCAGACGUCUUCCCCCAUAUCCGUUCUCCAGCGUCCGAUCCCCUCUCUUUCCUCUUCAAUCCAAUCCCAAUCUCUCCCGCCCUUUUACAAAUCACCAGGUUUUGGGAGAUGGCGGAGCAGCAGGCUCAGGGACAAGGGGCGCCGGCGAGCCCCGGUGGUGGAAGUCACGAGAGCGGCGACCAUAGUCCGAGAUCGAACGUGCGCGAGCAGGAUAGGUACCUGCCUAUUGCUAACAUCAGCCGAAUCAUGAAGAAGGCACUUCCUGCUAACGGCAAGAUUGCAAAGGAUGCUAAGGAGACCGUCCAGGAAUGCGUUUCUGAGUUCAUUAGCUUUAUCACCAGCGAGGCAAGUGAUAAGUGCCAGAGAGAGAAGAGGAAGACAAUUAAUGGGGAUGACUUGCUUUGGGCCAUGGUGACUUUAGGUUUCGAAGAUUAUAUUGAUCCACUCAAGGUUUACCUCACUAGAUACAGAGAGAUGGAGGGUGACACAAAGGGAUCUGCAAAGGGUGGUGAUUCAUCCAUUAAGAAAGAUGUUCAACCAAGUUCGAACACACAGCUUGCUCAUCAAGCCUCUUUCUCACAAGGUGUUAAUUAUGGAAAUUCCCAAACCGCGUCACACUAUGCCACGAUUCAUUGCUAAAUCUUUCACCACCAUUCUGCUGUUAUCAUUAUUGCAACUUCUCACCAUUAUGUACUUUGCUAUUGAGUGUGCUGACUAGAAAGAAUUUUGAGUGCCAAUAUCAUUAUAAUUUUCAGGGAAAAAAUUGUGAAAGAUGAGAUGACUUAGUGAGAUAUAAGGACUAUGGUGGUUUAUUUUAUGAUGUCUUGCAGUGACAUUGUAACAAAUGAACACAUGUGAUAUUAAUUUUGAAAUCUGUUGAUGGAAUUUGAAAUGUAUUGUUUAAGUUCUGCUUAAAAUUUUUGAGGAUGUUAAUUUGCUUAAUUUUUUUAAGAGAUUCCAUCCUUUUAUAAUUAAACUAAUGAUUGAUUUCCAAAUAAAUUCUGUAAAUCAAGUUCAUUUGUUGCAAACAUAGCCUUACCAAAGAUCUACCGGGUGUAACAUGCCUUAUAUUAAUAUGAGGAUGUCUUGCAGUUCCAUGCAUGCAUACUGGUCCUCAAUUGGGUUAAAAAUUAAGAAUAUAAGAAACUGUCUUAUUGAUGGUUUAUGAUCGGUAUUGUGAUUUUGAGACAAUAAUAUUUUGAUCUCUUGGAGUUCAGUUGUCACUUAAUUUU